AUGGUACGUGGCAUGUCUGGUUCUGAAUGCCCUGUUUGCUGGGGUUGUUUCUCACCAGAGCUCAGAUGCCCAGCUCCAGUUUGCUUCUUCAGGGAUAGCAGGACCCUGGGGUUAGGCUAGAGCAGCUCCCCAGAGCUCUAGUUCCCCACCAUGGGGAGUGAAGACUCAGGGUCUUACUGGUGUCAUGCAGAGACAGUGACUCACAGUGUCAGAAACUGGAGCCUCCAAUCUUAAAUUCACGGGCAGAAAGUCCUGGGCUCUAAUGUAAGCUUAGAUACCCAGGUCCCUGGGGGACAAGAGACUGAAGGAGGGGAUCUCACCCUACUCUGCUCAGUGGCUGAGGGCACAGGAGACAUCACAUUUUCCUAGCACAGAGAGACCACAGGAACCAGUCUGGGACAGACCCAGCAUUUCCUGUCAGCAGACCUGGAGAUCCCAGCUGUGAAGGAGUACAAUGCUGGCCAAUAUUACUAUAGAGCUGACAAUGGCCACAAUCCCAUCCAGAACAAGGUGGUGAAUAUUUCUGUGAGAAUUCCAACAUCUUGUCCUGUCCUCACCCUCAGGGGUCCCAGGACCCAGGCUGUCAUGGUGGAUAUGGUAGAGCUUUGCUGUGAGCUUGGAGCUGCCCCUACAUCCCCCACCCCAAUCCUGUACCGGUUUUAUCAUGAGGACAUCAACCUGGGUAGCAGUUCAGUGCCCUCUGGAGAAGGAGCAUCCUUCAACCUCUCUCUAACUGCAGGGCAUUCUGGAAGCUACUCCUGUGAGGCUGACAAUGGCCUGGGGGCCCAGUUCUGUGAACUGGUGCCACUCUCCAUCUCAGCCUUUUCAGCAUAA